GCAGCUUGCAAAGGCGCGGCGCUUCAGUGUGUGUGUGUGAGUGUGUGUUAUCCAAAUCGAUACACGCUUUCAGCAGGUGGCAAUGAAGCGACGGGUUUCUUUGUACUAAAUCCUAGCAACCCGCCCAGGAUAGAAUGAUGUGCUGCCAGUGGAAGUUUCCCAAAAUGUAGCGAACGGGUUGCUUGUUUUUGCAUCGAGUACUGCCACCGUCUACGGUCGAAGGGGCUCCGGUAGUGUAACGCGUUGGUCGGGAUGGAUUUAGCGGCGACUGUGGCCAACAUUUUCGAUGGCGACUGUACGGUUGCCAUCGGCGGUGGUAAGAAGACGGGUGAGCAGGAGCGCCAGUUUGUGCUGUCCGAGUUCAUCGCUGAAAUUGGCUUGUGGCUGGAUGAAAAGCUUAAUGAUCACCCGUUCGAUCCACACCCAUCGAAUGCUGGCCCGGUCGAGGGACGGCUCGGUCCCCAGAGGACCGUGUUCGACGUGACGGAGGAGGGUUUCGACACUAACUUGCUGAUUUCCAAGGACAAGUUGACGCUUCAAUCGCAAAAUGCUUUCUCCACGGUUAAAGCAAACUGUUGUGUGUACAGUGGCCGUUGGAUGUAUGAGGUUCAACUACGCUCGAAAGGCGUCAUGCAGAUUGGCUGGUGCUCGGCACACUGUAAAUUCACGCAGGACACGGGCGUCGGUGAUACUCGGUAUAGCUACGGAUUGGACGGUAGCAAGCAGCGGAUCUGGCACGUCUACACCCAAAAGUAUGGUCCAUUCUGGCGGUCGGGCGAUAUCUUCGGCGUCUGUGUGGAUAUGGACGCCGGACGCAUCGAAUACUAUCGCAAUGGCGCUCCACUCGGCGAAGCAUUCAAGGACAUUGAGCGUGGUCCCGGAUUGGCCCUGUAUCCGGCAGUGUCGCUGGCGUUUAACGACAGCCUAACGGCAAACUUUGGUGGAUCUCCGUUCAAGCAUCCGGUGGAGCGGUACAAACCCCUCCAGGAAGCACCGGCCGUGGCACUCUAUCAGGCGGACUGCCUCUUGAAAUAUCUGGUCAAUCUUUCCGGUGCCAUCUCGCAGCAUGCACGCGUCUCCAACGGUAGCCAAAAGACGUCACACAGUGGGCUAGUAACGCCGGAAUCGAUGUACAUGCUACUAGCCGCUUGCCUCAUUGAACGGAUCGCCCCACUACUUGGCAACUCGUACGUGGUGGAGGACAAAGUGUUCAGCUACAUCCGAGGGAUGUGUGUGCUGCGCAGCAAUAGCCACGGCAGCAAAAAUGAAGCCCCCACGCAGCCAGGGGCACCGGAAAGCACGCUCGGCACGUUUCUCACUCUGCUGUGGACGUACCUGGAGCUGGAGGAGAUGAAGCUGUUCCUCAAGAAGCUGCUCAACUAUCUCGCCAACACGUACAAGGAAACGCCCGUCGACCUGGAGUACGAGAAGCAGCGCAAAAUCAUCGUCAUCCUGACGUGCGUGUGCAACCAUCCGGCCACGCGCAAGUAUCUGCUCGAGUACAAGUUUUUCAAGAAAAACUGUCUGCCGCUGUUUCUGUACACGAAACCGCCGGACGAGUCGACGCUGGAGCAGCUGCUGCCGGACGAUCACAUCUGGACGGAAGGGCUGGGUGGGUCGCGGGAAACGUAUCUGGCCGCCUGCGAACGGUUGAAGGCGCACACGUCCGUGCUGUACACGCUGCAGAAAAAUCUCAUCCACAUUCUGAUGAACAAUCACGACGGGAAUGAGGCGAACUCGCCCAGCAGCAGAAGAAUAUUCGUGGCGAAGGUGCGCAAGUUUGUCAUGGAGAAUAAUGUUGAACUGAGGGGACUGUACUCAUCAACAACGCAGCCCGCAAUAGGAUUAUCCUUUCUUUGCACCCUGCUAGAUGUGGCCAAAACGCUCUGGGAGGAAGAGUGUGAUCAUGAGCGCGGUUUGGACGGGAAAACCGUCCCACCAACCAUCGAUUGUCGGUUUUUCUACGACGGAACGUUUAAGUACUCGAACCUGGACCGUAUCGGAGGCGUUCUGUCCUACUUGCGGAAACACUUUCGGACGCAAUUGAUCGAACGGCUUGGUGCCGAUCAUCCUAGUUUAGCUUCGGUCGAUCAGCCAAGCGAUUUGCGUAGUGAAAUAGCUGCAUUUAAUGUAUUUCUCGAUUCGGCCAUGUUUCUUGUCUCGGGGGGCCCUUCCACUGCCUACUCGCUAGUUUCCCGUGCGGCUAACAGCAUCCCGGAUCGGCAUCAGCAGUCCAGCCAGCAGCACCAUCUCAUGCCCGGGAUGGACGAGGGUCACUCGACCACGGCCACCGGCCAACCGGGUCAACCAUCGCCCAAAUGCACAGCGGGUGCCAUCGGUUGCGGUCAGCUCGAUCCAUACCGUGCCGUUUGCGAGCUGCUCGAUUGUUGCGUGAUUUUCUACAAUGCCGUUGCGCACAAGUACGUCGUCAUGAUAGCGGAUCUGCGCGACAACAUUACGCACCUGUCGGACAUACUGCUCGAAACGAAGAGCAACUGUGACGAGGUGAUGCACAAUCUGGAGGCACUGAAGCGAUGCUCGAUCGGGGGAAGCAGUGGCACAAGCCUGCAGGGACAGAAAUCGCACGAAGAGCUGCUGAACGAGCUGGAGGCACGGUUCGGUCAGCGGAAAAGCAUAUUUGCGAAACGAUCGAUGGAGCUGGCACGAAAGCAAGCCUGGUACCGUUCGGUAGCUCUCGGCACACACCGCCGCGGCCUGCUUUGCUGGCUGCUAGGCAUCAUCUUCGAAACGCUGCACACGUUCAGUGCGGAAGAGAUCCUGUUCGCAUUUCUACCCGAAACGUACAUCAACGUGACGCCCAUCCUGCUCGACACGGUGCUAGACUUUAGCUUCCAUGACACUGCCAUCCAGCACGAGCUUGCCGGAGAUGCCGAGCUGAUCCUAUCGUCGGCCAAUUUCCUCGCCAAACAUCUGGCCGACCCGCGCGUCAUUCUAGCCUCCUGCAAGGACGCACUCAUACAAGCGCUCGGUUCGCUGACGUGCCACGAGGCGGGCAUUCGUGCGCUCGAAAGUGCAUCGGCGGAAAAUCAGCUCGCUCUAGUGCGGGCCCUUCUCCGGCCGUACGAAAACCGUGCCUGGGGACAGAGCAACUGGCUGCUGUUGCGAUUCUGGCUCGGCGAUGGGUUCGCUUAUCGUGAAUCGCGCCCACCGUGCGUUUGGCAGGCGGGCAAAGACCCAUCGGCCACGCAGCGAUCGCUCGGGCUGUACCGGAGCCGAGCUAAGAAUGGAUCGCACACGGGGCUGCUGCAUCUGAUCGCACCGGCCUGUCCGUCGAAGCAUUUUCAGCGUCUAAUAAGUGAAACGCUCAGCAAUGAUGAGCCGUACUGUACGACGUUUUUGAAUUCCGUGCUAUCACAACUGAAUUGGGCGUUUUCCGAGUUUAUACACAUCCUGCAAGACAUCCAAAACAUAUCGCAACGCGACGAGCAGCUCGUGAUCGAAACCAAGCAGCUGAAAAUCUGCUCCAUGUGCUUCGAGCUGACCGUGUCGCUGAUGCGCGCGCUUGAAAUGAUCGUCACCAUCACGCCCAGCCUGCUGCAGGAUGCGGCGCGGGCCAACAGCGAAAUCAUCCUCAGCCGCAUCUGUCAGCUCGCGAUUCAAGUGCUGUCGCGCGUAACCGUACCGCCCGGCUGCUUCCAGCACGUGAUGGACCUCUGCCUGCCCGAUCUUAGCAACGUGACGCAUUUUGCGAUCAUUAGUGCCGCGAUCGGGAUGCUGCUGGCGCUGAUGCGUCACGAGCUGGGCAGCUCGACGGAGUGCAUUACGAAGAUACCGCGCAUCUCGAAGUAUCUGCUCACGGACACGAGUUUCCACAUUGCCAGCCUGGAGUAUGCACUGGGGGAGGUAAAGACACCGAUCACGAACAGCGACGGGGAAGCGCCGAGGGGAAACUUUGAUCCCAAGAUGCGCGCCCACAUUGAUCCGCUGACGAACGAGGUGCGGGUUCCUUCACCGUUUCGGAAGGCGGGCGGUGGUGGCUCGGUCGGCAUGAAGGAGAUCAUUCCCGAUCCACCGAUCAUCAAGUUUAACAUGGCGGACUAUCCCAACCACGUGUUGCCCCAUGAAGUGGGACAGAUUGAGCGGCUGAUCGAAACGUUGCAACUGCGCCAAACGCUCCUCUCCGAGAUCACCAUCCUGUCGGAGGACUCGCUGUGUCCGAUCUGUUACGCCAAAUCCAACUCGGCUGCGUUUGACCCGUGUCAGCAUCAGUCUUGCGAAACCUGCAUCAUGCAACAUCUGAUGAACAGCAAGCAGUGUUUUUACUGCAAAAUUCUCAUCAUACGCGUCACCCGCCAGGAUGGUGCAAUCAUCUACGAGGCGUGCAACACACCACCGGCACCGCCGGCACUGGUUCUACCCCGUAUGCAAGUUUCGCCCAUGGUGUUUACCUCCUCCACGCCCACAACAUCGACGAUGGAUGCGGAGGAGCGCAGCAGUGAAACUUCCACGCCGCCCCCGGAAGUGGCGACAUCGCUGAGCACCAUCGAUGAUUUUGAUGGUACCGCCGCUUCACCACCCGGAGGCAACACAUAAUGUUGCACAUUCCCCGCUCUACGUUGGCGCUUCGAGAGCGCUGAGCUUUUGAAGCAAAAUCAUCGUGUCAUAUCUCUCUUGUUCGCGAUUGUAGUUUGAUCAGGCUUUUUGCGCGAGACGGUUCACUCAAAUAUUCUAGUCAAUCAAAGACCGUCGUUCAGUGCAAGGGCGGCGGUGUUGCUUUAACAGGAAACGCUGCGCACAAUCACUCCUAGCUUGAAACCAUUUCUCGAACAUGAUCUCAUAGUAGGCCACUCGUUGUCAUGCGCGGCAAACCUUUCUAGCUAGCAAAUUUCCUUCCUCGGUUUCCAUUUUCCAUUUUCCAAAUCUAUUGAAAUCGUCCUCUAGAACCACCGUACCUCAAAUCUACCGUUUUUGCUCAGCUCAAAUACGUACCCAGCAUGUUUUCCCUCCCCGUAGGCUAACGAACAGAAAAAAAACGCACAUCGUAAUAUGGUAUCUUUACCAUGGUAAUCAUAUAACCUAACUAGAAAACACAAUGGUAGCUUUGAUGCUUAGUGUGUACGUGCAAGCAACACGAAACAGCAAAAACUGUGUUCCUAUAAAUAAACCAAGCCGAUCUUUUUACGCCUGUGCAA